AUGGCCUAUACACUACUCACCAAUGGGCAAAAACUGGCGCCACGGAAGGUCCUUACGUUAAUCCUUUUUUCGCUACUUUUUGCAACGAUUGUAUUUGUUCAAGUCUUCCAAUUCAAAGAUCCUCAUCUGAUCUUACGAGAAGAAGUCCCGCUGAAGUUUUAUGAGAAGUCGAGGGAAUGGUAAGUCGGUUGAUUUUGGCGUUAUGUUGUGCCAGUUUAAAUUUUAUACUCGCACGUCAGAAGGCUCUUUUAUAACAUAUACAUACAGGGUGACCCAAAAUAACGGAGACAAAAGAUUUCCCGUUUUUUCUGCGGCCUAUGAAGAUUCAUGAGUGAUUCCUUAUUUAUACUACAGUACCACGUUAGUGUAGUUUUAUAUACCGGAAGUCUUGUUGUACGACGCUCUUGUGCCUUGAACCACAUCAAUAUAUCCGGUUGACUCGGACCUUUCUGCCCGUGGGGUCUUUUUGCAAGAAAGCUGCCUUACUCAAAAAAGAAAAUUCGGAAUAGUUUGAGAUUUGCUGUGCUUAAUUAUCAUAAUAUGGCCUUUAAAACGAGCCAUCGUACUAAGCUCAACUAUCGAUAGUUCAAAAGUUACAGCCGAGUAUUUUCAGGGAGUUGAAGUGCAAAAAUGGGCCUUUUUUGAAAAUGUAUCGGUAAAAUGGAGUUUAAAUGUUAGAUAAGGCAAAAUGUAAUAUGAGUUACUACAACAUGAUUAAAGGAACACCAUAGAACCAAAAGAGAAACAUUUUGUAACUGCUACGGAAUGCUAUUUGGUAAUCACUAGAAUUUUGCCUUAUUUUUGCCUUAGGCGGAAUACCAGUCGAGCCGGUGACACAUAAAGACCGAAAGUGCCCUAGGCCGUUUCUCAAGAGUCGUAUUCAUAAUUGUACAAGAGCAGAAUGCGCCGUUUUUAUCUAUCUUGUCAUUUUGUUAUCGAUAACCCAUCUUUCUCAAAGCCGCGUGCCAUAGGGUGGUUCUGGGCGAGAAACUUGUCAAGGAAAAUCUGUUGCAACCAGCAAGCAAUCACAGCUUUUUCCAGAAUUAUUGUAUUUAUGAAUAGAAUACAUUCUAGCGGUUUUAGCUUUAUUCUAAAAAAACUGAAUUUUUUAUUGAAAAAAUUUGGAAAAAAUGGCGAUCUUCAAUGUUGAGAUUGGUACCACCGUAGAAAUAAAAACCGUAGCCCAGAAACCUACAUAACUGCUUGCUUAGAGACGUAGUAGUCUAGCAAAACAAAUGAACUUGCCAUUUCUGCGGCUGUAGUACAGCCAUGCUCUACACAACACAAAGGAACCAAAAUUGAGGGCCAAAAAAUGGCGCAAGGCAUUUUUGUUAAGCUGUAACUUUUUCCUGCGACAUGAUGACUCCGCCAAAUUUUCGUGGAUUAUAGAGAAAGUCUUAUAGAAUAUUACCCACUGUCGCUUGUGUUUCUUUAACGCCCGGGUUUCGCGGUGGGCCCUUCCAAAAUUUGUCUCCGUUAUUUUGGGUCACCCUGUACAGUGCGCGCCAAAAUGAUAGAGCCACUCAGUUUUUCUGGAUUUAUUCUUUUAUGGUUAGGUGGGCCAAGCCGGCAUAAUGCAUAUAUGUAACAACAUGAUGGACCCAUACUAUCACCACCAUAACUUAGGACUAGCCAUGGCGUCCAAUUCAAAAAAAAUCAAAAAUUCGGACCUUCCCCCUCGGUCGACGCGUCAAAAUGAUAGAGCCACCGGAUUUUUCUCCUCGGUGGUGCCAGGCGGGGAUCUAUUGGUACUGUAGUCUGUUAAUAUCACUACUGCUAUUCAUUUCUGAUGUGAAAAGAUUACUGUAACUACCGGUCAUACGGUAGCUUUUGGCAACUUUAGAAAAUCUUCCAAAUUUUGGGUAAAACUGACCGGAAAUAAAUUUUCCGGCGGUUGUAUCCGGGUGGAAAUACUUUCAAAAAGUAUUAGAAGACCUAUAUUUUCUAAAGGGAAUCAAUAUCCGUCGGGAUCGCAUCUGCCAUAAACAAAAAAUUGUAUUAUAUAUUACUUUAGUAGAUGGGUAGGUUCUAAAUUAAUACCAAUUAUUAACGUAUGAGUCUUACAAGGGAAGUCACUUUUUUCGCAGACGGACUUUGGAACGGCACCUAGUAGGUUUCAAACGUGAAGCGUCUGCGAUCAUAAAACUGAUUUCCAAAAGUGUUUACGGAGCUUCUCGGCCGAGAAAAUCGACCGCAAAGUUUAGCCGAAAUGAGCGAAUAGCCUCCUCAAAAGAAACAGCUUAUUUCAUCUGCAGUGGUGGCCGAGUGGUCAGCGCGCUCGCUUUUUGCGCCGGAAGACGUGAGUUCGAUUUCAGUCGUCUGCGGAUGCAUUUCUUUUGACCAUUGAAUCAAAUAGAGAGAUGCCGUUAACAUCACAUAUGCUAAUUAUUAGCAAUUUUCAAUAAAACACAAAUCUAGAAACUAUAUCUUCAUUAACCCAGCCCUAUUUUGACUUUACAAUAUUCAUGAACAUUCAGGUUUGAAUUUAUGUUUAAAUUACUGUAAAAAAUUACAAAAGUGUAUACAUUCUAUGUUUACAUACUAAAUCAAUAAUUACGAACCAAAAAAGAAAAUAAACUGCGCAGAGGAUCGAACCCGCCUCUUCUGCCGCAAAAAGCGAGCGCGCUGACCACUCGGCCACCACUGCAGAUGAAAUAGGCUGUUUCUUUUGAGGAGGCUAUUCGCUCUUUUCGGCUAAACUUUGCGGUCGAUUUUCUCGGCCGAAAAGCCCCGUAAACACUUUUGGAAAUCAGUUGUAUGAUCGCAGCCGCUUCAGGUUUGAAACCUACUAGGUCCCGUUCCGAAGUCCGUCUGCGAAAAAAGUGACUUCCCUUGUUAGAAGCCGCCCGAGAACUUGUGGUACAAUCGUACGAGGACCAUAGAUUACUACAACAGGACCAAGUUUAAUAAUUCAUUUAUUCAAAUUGCUAACGAUAUUAUGAAGUACUAUACCAAGGUUAUACCCGACGAUAUUUUGGUGGAGUUACUAGCGUCAGAAUAUGAUGGCUUCGGGCUUUGAAACGACGAGUGCGCAUCUUUUUGUGCGUAACGCAGCAUGAUUAACUCAAUAAUAACGUAAUGAUAAACAACUACAGAGAAACUUUGUUGUAGUCAUCUAGAGAACCAGAAUUGCUUCGCUUGUGGUAUUAUUCUUUGGGUGUACAAGACUUUACAGCCUUUCCAUAUUAAAUGAAAAUAUUCUACAUCGUGUGUUGCAGUCUAGCAGGAAGUUUGGUUUUACCUCCAUGCUCCCUCAUUGGCAUAAUUAACAUUAUUAUAGAAUCUGCCCAUCUACUAAAGUAAUAUAAUACAAUUUUUUGUUUAUGGUAGAUGCGAUCCCGACUGAUAUUGAUUCCCUUUAGAAAACAUAGCCCUUCUAAUACUUUUUGAAAGUAUUUCAACCCGGAUACAACCGUCGGAAAAUUUAUUUCCGGUCAGUUUUACCCAAAAUUUGGAAGAUUUUCUAAAGUUGCCAAAAGCUACCGUAUGACCGGUAGUUACAGUAAUCUUUUCACAUCAGAAAUGAAUAGCAGUAGUGAUAUUAACAGACUACAGUACCAAUAGAUCCCCGCCUGGCACCACCGAGGAGAAAAAUCCGGUGGCUCUAUCAUUUUGACGCGUCGACCGAGGGGGAAGGUCCGAAUUUUUGAUUUUUUUUGAAUUGGACGCCAUGGCUAGUCCUAAGUUAUGGUGGUGAUAGUAUGGGUCCAUCAUGUUGUUACAUAUAUGCAUUAUGCCGGCUUGGCCCACCUAACCAUAAAAGAAUAAAUCCAGAAAAACUGAGUGGCUCUAUCAUUUUGGCGCGCACUGUAUGCGCAUUUGUAUUUUCAGGCUUGUAAUGGUUGACCCCGAUUGUAUAGCUAACAUUGGAUCCAACAAGAGUUGCAAAGGCCCUGUAAAAGUUAUGUCAUCAAGAUACGUUGAUAACCCAAACUUUGAAAUGUUAUACUUCGUAAUGGACAAAGCAACUAAUGACCAUCUAAAAUUAUAUGGAAUGCUGACCAAUCAACUCAAUAUUACACAAGCCAGAGCGAUCCCAAGGUCAGUAUCAGUAACGAAAAAUUUUAAAAAAAUUUUAAAGCUCUCAUGAAAGCCUUAAAAAAUCUUAUUUUCAGGUUUGCUACGCAGUCCGUCUAUGUAAACAUUGCAAACAUGACGCCGAUUGUUGUUGAUAUACCUGCCAAUUUGGACAAGUUUUGGUUCCAUUGGAAGAAAAGUCACUUCAUAAAAUGUAGGAAUCUGGAGAUGAAAAGGAACAGUACAUCUCGUCUGAUUCCAUUGGAUAAAGUGAAGAUUCUAAGCAAGUACAGAGAAUUUGCGGACAAAUGGAACACAACCUUCCAACUUGCAUGUGGAACUUUGUUAGGUAACGACAAAACACUUUUAAAGUACAACAAUUUGACGCAAUCUAUGCAAAAAAUAAAAACAUAAAACCUUCAGGAUGGUAUCGGGAAUGCGACAUUAUUUCACACACACAGGACAUUGAUCUCACCGGGCCGUCCUCUUUAAUCGAACCCGCAUUUAUGAAGGCGAUUCAGGACAAGUACAAGAUGCGCUACGUUUUUGGCUAUGACAAGGACUCGCUAGAGCUAAAUUGGUUAUAUCAGGGAAUCCGAACCGACUUGUUCUUCAAGUAUCCGCACAACGCAACCCACGAAAAAACGUGUGCUGUCGAUUUUGGCGGCCGGAAGCAGGUCUUUUCGUACUACCCAAAGGUUACGAAAACUUGCGCCGGUGAUCUUCAUGGAGUCUUGGUGUACGUGCCUUGUAAUGUUGAAGAGAUUUUGGUAUCGGAAUACGGAAAUUACACAAAAGAUAUCCAGCUGCCUAAUUUUCGAUACUACGCCGAUCCCAGGAAUAUUGAAGCCGGUCCGCAGUUGCCAAAGGCCGAAUUCGAUAAGCUCACUCGGUACAAAUGGCCGUAG